AUGGCUAUGUCAAGGGAUGAUCAAUGGGCCCUGACUUGGGCAGACCUGCAGCAAAUCUUCGAAGAAUGCGAGCGGAAGGAUUUUUCAUGCCGAGGCUUUAGCCAUUUCAUUGAAACUGGCACUUUCCUCGGCCAGACAGUAAUCGCUUUGUCUCAACAUUUCAGGGAACUGCACACCAUCGAGCUGAGUCCUCAAUGUUUCGAGGCGGCGAAACUCUUUGCCUGGAAAGCCUCUCGGUCAAUCCACUUCCAUCUGGGGCAGUCCACCGAGAUCUUGAAAAAGCUGCUGCCCAAGAUCAGCGGCCCAUCAGUCCUCUACUUGGACGCGCACUGGUCGGGCUCAGUGACAGCGGGACUCGAGCAGGAAGUUCCUUUGAUGGAUGAGCUUCAUCUGAUUUGCGAGCUUCUUCCCCAUGCUUGCCUCAUCAUCAUCGAUGAUUUGGAUCUCUUUGCCAAGGUCAACAGCUUUGAAGCCAUCAACCAACAGACUGGAACCAGUAGUGGGUACCAUUCAGCAGAUUGGCGCCCGAUUACCUGUGAGUCCAUCAAGAUGCACUGCACCCGUCGGGCCGUUGGUUGCUUUCAACUUGGAGACCGCUUCGUCAUCAUGUUGCGCUGUGAGGGUGGUCUUUCGGCAGCUUCCCAUGCGGAUGUGAAGCCGUCGCUUGAUACUGCGGCUGCCGUUUGUCCGGACCUGGUCUUGAGAUCUAGGCUUAGCGCACAAGGCAAGAACUUGUGGAUUUCAACCCCGGGGCUUCGAUUGCAAGCCAGCAGUUUGGACAGAGUUCGGUCGCAAGGAAAGUGGUGGCAGCGGAUUGCUGAUGCCAUGGAGAGAGAGUAUUCCAACACGCUGGGAAGCGCUUCCACCAAAUUCAAAGAUUUGCAAGACCAGAUGGAACGAGAGCGGGCGAAGACGGCAAAGCUGUGCAAAGAAUCCGUGGACAACAAUUUGACUCAUCAGCAAUGCGUUGCCCUGCACGAUGAUUUAAUUGAGGCGUUCAUGGCGGAGGCCUUUCAGCAGAAGUUGACUGCUGCUUGGACAGCGGCCGGCGGCAACAAAGCAAAAGAACAGAAAGCAAAGCGUGAGACAUGCCUACCAUUACAACUUCCAGUUAUGGAGAAAUUCGGCUUUGAGGCAUCUGAAAAGGGUGUGUUUGCGUGUUUGUGGUCAAUUCGGACGACGUUUUUCAACUUCAAGAAGAUUGAAGAGAUGGACCAGGAAUUGCUCGCAAAGGCCACGUUGUUGGAUUUCCUCGUCAGCCCCGACAAGCAGCCGACUUCAGACCUCUCAGACUGGGCCAGUUGUACAUAUCCCAAGACAUAUCCAGAUCUUUGCCGGAUGCGAAGCUCUAUGAAGCUCUCGAAGAAUGACCUUGGCGACCUCAUCCUGCAAUGA